UUAAUAAAAGGAAUCGAUUUCCCAUCCAUCCGAGUCAAUUUAAUCAGAUAUAACAUUCUUUCUCAAGUGGGAAGAUCAUUAUUCUGGGCGAGGUCGGUGCGUUGAUUAUUUAUUCAGGCGUAACACUCCCGGUCGUCUAUUUCACAAGCUCACUCUGCUCGAUCGCCUCGCUCGCUCAUAUUUUAUCACUUUAGAUCUUUCUUUUUUAUCAAUUAUUUAUAGAUUUUUUGGUGUAAGGUCUAAUGGAAGACUUGGCGAAGCAGCAAUUAAGCCGAAUUUAAUGCUUCCUCGAAACUCUAUUUGAGUGUUUUGUGGAGCUUGACUAUGGCCAUGUGCUGGAGCAAACAAUCCCUAUAAAUCCUGCUCUUUGUUUCGUCUUCUUCUUCAUCCCCCUUCAAGAAAUUGUUGCGCAGAGAUGGGCAGCGAGGAUGACCGCGCCAGAUUGAAGCCAUGCCACUCGCAGAGCGCGAUAUGCUCCAAGCUAAAGAUUCUGCUGCUGCUGCUGGUAACUAAUCUGCUUUCAAUUUUUCUCUUUGUCGGGAACUUCGAUUGGAUGGGGCCGGCGGUGCAUCUACGGGACUCCGGCAUUCUCCUCCGGGAGCUGAACGCCACCCAGCGCCAGCUGUCCGACAGCCAGUCUCAGGUGUCUCUGCUCAGCAGGCGGCUCGGGACCGCCAACUCUCUGCUCGAGACGCUUUUGAUGGAGAUCGGCAAGGUCCAACGGGAGGCGGGGUCGCCGGAAGGGGAGCUGGAAAAGUGGGCCAGCCAACUCACAGGCGAGCUCAAGCUCGUCGUUGGGUCGCACAAACUCCCCUUCGGGUACACCCCCAACAUCGGUUCCGAUGAGCUCUACCCGGUGCUCGGCAGCGCCUGUCGCCUGUACGAGGAGGAGCUGGCGGAGUACAUGAGCUACGAUGUGGGCGGCGAGUGCCCCUCCGACGAAGUGUUCUCGCAGCGGCUGAUGCUGAAGGGGUGCGAGCCCCUGCCGCGGCGGCGGUGCCACCCCAAGUCGCCGGCAGGGUACGUGGAACCUGCGCCGGUCCCGGAGAGCCUGUGGGCGAUUCCGGCGGACACGAGCAUCACGUGGGACGCGUACACCUGCAAGAACUACUCGUGCCUGGUGAACCGGGGGAAGGCGCAGGGGUCGUACGACUGCAAGGACUGCUUCGACCUGCAGGCGGGGCGGGAGAAGCACCGGUGGCUGCAGGGCAACGGGGAGCUGGACUACGCCAUCGACGAGGUUCUGGCGAUGAAGCCGGCGGGGACCAUCCGAGUGGGGCUGGACAUCGGCGGUGGGUCGGGGACGUUCGCGGCGCGGAUGUGGGAGCGGAACGUGACGGUGGUGACGAGCAGCAUGAACUUCGACGGCCCGUUCAACAACUUCAUCGCUUCCCGGGGGCUGGUGGCGAUAUACUUCAGCGUCGCGCACCGACUGCCGUUCUACGACAACACCCUCGACCUGGUGCACUCCAUGCACGUCCUCAGCAACUGGAUCCCCGACGCGAUCCUGGAAUUCGCGCUGUUCGACAUCUACCGGGUGCUGCGGCCAGGCGGCCUCUUCUGGCUCGACCAUUUCUUCUGCCUCGGCGAGCAGUUCAACGUCACCUACGUCCCCAUGUUCGAGCGCAUCGGGUUCUGGAAGCGACGGUGGAACGCCGGCCGGAAGCUGGACCGCGGCAUCGAGAUGAACGAGUGGUAUCUCUCCGCCCUCCUUGAGAAGCCCAUGACAUAGUUUUUUUUUUUUUUUUUUUACUUUUUAAUCUAUUGACCAAUUAAUUUCUGUAUUUCUAAGUGGGUACUUGAAAAAGGG